GGUGUUCGGCCGUGAAGCUUUACACUUGAUCUGUUUGCGAGACAGCCAAGAGUCUUUCCCAGAACAAUGCAGGCCCUGACCGCCGCCCUCUUCCUCGGCCUUCUGGCCUUUGCCGCCGCUGGCUUCCUCGGCCACGGAUACGGUCACGGCUACGGCCACGGAUACGGCUACGUCAAGCCCUACGUCGCCAACUCGGCAGUGACCUGGUCUAUCACUCCCUCUGCCCUCGGCGGAUACGGACAUGGUGGAUACGGUGGUUAUGGCCACGGCUACGGCCACGGAUACGGACAUGGCUACGGACACGGCGCUGUUGUCCUCGGCUAUGGCCACGGUCAUGGUUACGGCCAUGGCUACGGCUACUGAGGCUACAACUCUAUGGUUAAACAGUGUCUACGCGGCAGGAACCAUGAAGUGUGCUGUAAGAAAGUCGUGUCGAUGAAACCAAAUUUGUAUGUAAUUUCAGUUAGUGAAUGAGAAGCAAUAAAGAAAAAAAAUAGCACACCUGUUUUUCUUUUACAAAUAGCAUUAGUCAC